UCGGCUCGGCAGCCCCAGCAGCCCCAGCCCCGUCCCCCGCCAUUUCAGCCCGGCACGGAGAGGCAGAGGGACGCGAGCGGCCGCGGCGGGGACGAGCAGCCGCCCCGCAGCCCGGACAGCGCCAGGUCUGCUGAAAAUGACGGAAUAUAAACUUGUCGUUGUUGGAGCUGGUGGUGUAGGCAAGAGUGCCUUGACAAUACAGCUAAUUCAGAAUCAUUUUGUGGAUGAAUAUGAUCCUACAAUAGAGGAUUCCUACAGGAAACAAGUAGUAAUUGAUGGAGAAACCUGUCUCUUGGAUAUUCUUGAUACAGCAGGUCAAGAAGAGUACAGUGCAAUGAGGGACCAAUACAUGAGAACAGGGGAGGGCUUCCUAUGUGUAUUUGCCAUAAAUAAUACAAAAUCAUUUGAAGAUAUUCACCAUUAUAGGGAACAAAUAAAAAGAGUUAAAGAUUCUGAAGAUGUCCCCAUGGUGCUAGUAGGAAACAAAUGUGACUUACCUUCCAGAACAGUAGAUACAAAACAAGCUCAGGACUUAGCACGAAGUUAUGGAAUUCCUUUCAUUGAAACAUCAGCAAAAACAAGACAGAGAGUGGAGGAUGCUUUUUAUACAUUGGUGCGAGAGAUUCGACAGUACAGAGUGAAAAAAAUCAGCAAAGAAGAAAAGACUCCAGGGUGCGUGAAAAUUAAAAAAUGUCUUGUAAUGGGUGUCGAUGAUGCCUUCUAUACAUUAGUUCGAGAAAUCCGAAAACAUAAAGAGAAGAUGAGCAAAGAUGGUAAAAAGAAGAAAAAGAAGACAAAGACAAAGUGUAUAAUUAUGUAAAUACAAUUUAUCCUUUAUUCUUAAGGCAUACUUAAGAGAGUGAUUUUUUGUACAUUACACUAAAUUAUUAGCAUCUGAUUUAGCAUUACUUAAUUUUCUUUCUGCUUCAUGAACCUGAAUGCUUGUUUUACAUGACAGUGGAAGCUUUAUUCCUCUUAAGUGCCAGUAUUCCCUGAGUGUUGGUUCUUGAACUAGCAAUGCCCAUGGAAGAAAAACAAAUAAACCCUGAGAAUUUUCUUAGGAUUUUUUGGUGCAUGCAAAGCUGCUAACUUCCUAUUUUUCUUACCAAUUGUGAACUUUAGUUCUGUGUGCAAACAAAAUAAUGAAAAUGCUCCACAGGCUCUUAUAUCGUUACUGUGGUUUUUUAUCUGGUUGGAUCAAAGGACUAGUUAGCGUAAGAAAUUUUUAUUUCCGACUUGUUUUCUUUUAUUCUAGACUGACUGCAAUAUUGAGAGACCAGAAGCCUUUAUAGUCUUCCUAUAGAUUCUGCUUCUAGGCAUCUAGUCUUGUAGCAUUUCAGAUCAACUUCAAUGAAUGUAAAGAUAUAACUUUCACAAAGUUUUUCACUGCAAUUUGUCAUGGUCACUCCUUAAAUACUAUAUUUUUUCUAUAAAAAAAGAAAAAUUAAAAAAAGACAAUAAUGCACAUCUGGCAAUGGAAAAAGUAAAAGUUCUAAUUAAAUUGAUUUGCUAUUGUAAUGCUUUUCUUAAGACUUUCACUAACUUUUUGUGUCAGGAGACCCAAGGUUAAAUCCUGGCUCCACUGAAGUAACUGGCAAACUUCUUGGUUUGAACACUGGCCUGCUAAACCCAAGGUUGUGAGUUCAAUCCUUGAGGGGACCAUUUAGGGAUCUGGGGAAAAAAUUGAGGGUUGGUCCUGCUUUGAGCAGGGGGUCGGACUAGAUGACCUCCUGAGGUCCCUUCCAACUCUGAUAUUCUGUGAUCUGUGAAAGUAGUUUCAGUAGAGUCAGGAUUUCACCCUCAGUGUCACUACUAAGAAAUACUGGAAAGCCUUAACAAAUGAGUAAUUCAGACACUUACAAAAGUUAAUUCAUACGUUGAUUCAGAGUUUAAUCCUAAGAAUGAGGUCAGGACCUCUAGCUUUAUAGAUGUCAGAACCAUUUUUUCAAGAGUGGCAUUAAAUAUUUCCAAAUGCCCAUUUUGUGUAUAAUAGGGGAGGCAUUUUAAAGUCCAGUAACCUCUUUAGAUUCAGUAAUGGCACUUGAAUUCAGCUGCUUCAUACAGAUUAGCUGGAAAUCCACUAUGCCAUAAAUAUGGGGAUGAUGGAGAAUUUUCACAAACAUUCAGUAGGCAUAGCUGAUCUUAUGGUUUCCAGAGCCAAUGUUGUUUUGUGUUCUGCUGUGAUUUUUGUGAAAUACUAAUUUUGUUUCACAGAUUAAAUGGUUGUUUAGUGGCACAAAAUGUCAAGAUUGUUACACAUCGAAACCAGGUUUUCAGUGUUGUUGUUCCCAGAGUAAUUAAGUUUUCUUGUGAUUUUUCUGAUUGGAGUUAAUCCAUUAUUUUGAAGAAGCUUUUAUUUGCAUUAUAGCAAUAGUUUGGUUAGUCUGCACCAAAGUGAGAGCCAGUUAUCUAGUGUUGCCAACUCUUGUGAUUUUUAUCGUGAAUUUAGUAAAUGUGAUGUUUUUCUUAAGACCACCGCUCCUGGAGUUGAGUUGAGUUUUUACAUGAGAAUCUUAGUUUGCUUUUUUCAUGUGUUUAGCCCUCAUGGUUGCAGGGAAGAGCUUGAAAAUGUGACUCAACUGUAUGCUAAAUGAGUGAACAGCAGAAGGCAAAUAAUACACAACAUGUAUUGGUCUUUAAAACCUUGUGAUUUGUUGGGGCCUGAUUCAUGAGUUUUCAAUGGUCAUGAUAGGCAAAACGGUUAUUCCCAAGUUACCCUGAAACUUUUAAACAGUUUUUCAGAGUAGGAUUUUCAUGUAGCAGCGUACACAUGUACAAUAUCAAAGGUACAACUACAUGUGCAAGAUGACCUCUUAUUUCUACACAGGAAGCAGUAGUGGCCAUAUCUGAAGGAGAGCUGCAAUGGUGGCUAGGGGUGUAAUAAACAUACUACCUGUAUUUCUGCAUGACCCUUAAAUUUUGUGUGGCUGGGAAAGCAUUUUUGAAUUUUUUAAAAAUUCUUUCCCGAGCUGCAGGGUAUACUUCAUACAUAUGGCCAAAAAGCAAAAAAAAAUACUGAAAGGUGGCGGUGGGAGAACAUAAUGUUACAUCCUAAUUUAGGACCAAUAGGAAGUGGGAACAAAUCCCUGUAGAUGUUGUAAACAGCAAGUGUUUUAUUUCCAACUUCUAAGUUUAAAACAUCUUGAGGUUGAGAUUUUGUUGAUUAAUUGCAUAUUUUUAGAUACUACUAUCAACGUAUUGGAAGAACGUAGCAGAAGUGGAUAGUGUAACUUGAACAAACAGAAGAAAUAAAAUCUUAAGACUCAUGGCUUUUUGUAACUGAGUCACACUGCAUGCAAAUUUAGGGCUCGUCUAUACAGUUUUUAUCCAUUUAACUAAGUUGGUAGAAAAACUGAUUUUGCUAAAAUUGGUGCAGCUUGCAAAUGUGGAUGCAAUUAUCAGUAUAAAAGUAUUUAUACCAAGAUAGCUUAUUUUAAUAAAUUUAAUCUUUAAACUACCAAUUCAUUUGAAUAGAUAUUAAAACUGUUUAGACCAGUCUUUGUGAUCUAACUUUCACAAAAUACGCUCGUCCUUGCCACUGUUGUGCAGUUUUGUCUUAAUAUUUGUAGAGACUUGGUGAGGCAUGUUGAAUUGCAGCUUGCACAAGUUGAUCUAAUAAUUAUUCUGUCUUUCCCUAUUUGAAAUGCUUUCCAAGAACAUAUCCAGAUGCUAUCUUUUUCUGAUAGUAACUAUUAAAUGAACAUGUGAAUUCACUUACUACAUUAAUACAUUAGAUUUCCAAUGCCUGAUAGUAGCUUUAUGUAACUUUUGGUAAACACCUUUUUUUUUU